UAAAAGACUCAGAGAUUUAAGAAGACCAAAGAACAACCCAAUAUCCGGAACAAUUAAUUUCUGUCUCUUAGAAUCGGAAAAAAAAAAAAAAAAAAAAAAAUUCCCCAAUGGGUUUGUUGGAUCUGGAGAAGCACUUCGGCUUCUACGGCGCAUACCACAGUAACCCCAUCAACGUUGCGAUUCACAUCAUUUUCGUAUGGCCAAUCCUCUUCACCGCACUUAUCCUUCUCUACUUCACCCCUCCCCUAUUCUCACCCACACAAUUAGGGUUCAUCAUCCACCCUGUCCUCGUCUUCAACUUGGGCUUCUUCUUCACAGUCUUCUACGCACUCUUCUAUGCCGCUUUGGAUACGAAAGCUGGGUCCCUCGCUGCUUUGCUCACUUUCCUCUGUUGGGUCGGUGCCAGUUUUGUUGCCAAUAACCUCGGCUUCGCACUCGCUUGGAAGGUUGUGUUGGCUGCUCAGUUGAUUUGUUGGACUGGACAGUUUAUUGGUCAUGGUGUGUUUGAGAAACGUGCACCGGCUCUCUUGGACAACCUUGUUCAAGCUUUUCUAAUGGCACCUUUCUUCGUGUUGCUUGAGGUCCUCCAAUCAUCUGUCGGAUAUGAACCAUAUCCAGGAUUUCAGACAAGGGUAAAGGCAAGGAUAGAAGCGGAUAUCAAACAAUGGCAAGACAAGAAACAAAAGAAACUUUCUUAGCUUGAACAAGUUACUUACAAAUGUGGUGGUUGUACUUGUAGAUCACUUGUCUGGAAACAAAGAAAAAUGAUUUGUAUUAUCCAAACACGUUCUUAGAACUAUUGUCAAAAGUCUGAUGUGAAUCUCAUUUGAAGUGUUAAAGGAAAUAUUACAGAGAGCUCAUGAACCAUUUAUUUUGUUGCUACCAACCCUCUUAGUGAUUGUUCCAACUUCCAUAUAUGCAA